AUGGAACCAACGGCCGUAACCUACGAUCAUAUCCAGGAUGUCAUCGGUCAGCUCCCAAUUCUCAAAAGUUAUACUCACGUCCUCCUCUGCUUCGCUCUAGCCGAGGACCGGCGUGCCUCUAUUUUAGCCUCCCUGGAGUCUGCCGCCCACACGGUCGUCUCUGCCCUGCCCUUCCUCUCCGGAAAGGUCAUCAACGAAGGUGCUGGACCCAAUAACUCCGGCGUGUUCAAGGUCGCACGUUUCCCGCAGCAACAGUCCCCGGAUCAUCGUUUUGUCCGCAUUGAGGAUCGUUCCACUGUCUGUCCCUCGUACGAUGAGCUUCUCGCCGCCCAUGGCCCGUCUGGCAUGUUACCGGGCUACGUGCUCGGUCCCAGGAAGGCAUUCCCGGAGCCGUACGACGAGAGCGAGGACGACCCGGCCCCCGUGCUGGACAUCCAAGCGAACCUGAUACACGGUGGCCUACUCCUCGAUCUAGCCGCUCAGCAUAACAUCAUAGACGCCAGCGGCAUCUUCCAGAUCGCCAACCUCCUCGCCACCGCCAUGCGCGGCGACCCGAUCCCCAAGGCUCAGAUCGACGAAGCCAACCGGCCCCGUCGAGAGAUCAUCCCUCUGUUAGGGCCAGACGAGCCUCUCCUCGACCACUCCGACCUGCGUCCUCCCUUCGUGAUCAAAGACCUUCCGCCCCUAGCCGCCGUCGCUCCCUUCCAAUGGCGCUACCUCCGCAUUCCCUCCGCCGCCGUAGCACGUAUCAAAGCCAUGGCCGACGCCAACCCGGAAGACUUUGACCCUUCCACACCCUUCAUCUCCACCAACGACGCCCUCACUGCCUUCAUCUGGCAACGUGUCACCAUCAUCCGCCUCGCCCGGCUGCAAACCCCUCAUGCCAUCUCACGCAUUAGCCGCGCCGUCGACUUCCGUCGCGUCAUGGGCCUCUCCCCAGCGUACCUGGGGCACAUGAUCCGCGUCGCCUUCCUUCGUCUCUCAUUCAACGACAUUGUCAAUUCCAGCCUCUCCCGUCUCGCAUCCCUCCUCCGUAAAGGCGUCCUCGAUAUCACGAACGAAUACUCCCUCCGCAGCUACGUCACGUAUAUUGCGAACGAACCAGACAAGGCAAAUAUUGCAUACGGAGGCGGGUUCGAUCCCAAGACGGACCUAUCGUGCUCGAGUAUUGCGCAUAUUCGCGUCCCUGUGUUUGGGGACCUGGGUAAUCCGGGGUUGUUGAGGAGGCCGACGUAUCGGCCGUUGCCCUGUUCGGCGUAUGCGGCGCCCAUGUUAGAUGGUGAGGGCAUUGAAGUGUUGAUUUGUUUGCUUGGGGAGGAGAUUAAGUUGCUCAGGGAUGAUGCGGUUUGGAAUGACUUCAUUGAAUAUGUUGGGUAA